AUGGGAGUUCAUCUAGGGGAUGACGAACUUAAUAAUUUACCUACAAAAAAGGCAUACGCUGCUUUCGAUAAAGGUCUUGUAGGUUGUGACACUUUUCAUUAUUACCUGUUGGCAAAGAAACUUUUAGAAAGUGCACAUUUGCGUAACAAUGCUUCUGAUAAAAUAUUUAGAGCUUUAUGUUAUGUUUAUAAUGAAAAUAAGACAAGAAAAUUUAAUAGUGAUGAUUGUGAUUACCUAUAUUUUUGGUUAGGUGAUGUAUUAUAUAAGAAUAAAAAUGUUGAAAAUUCAUUUUACUCCAUUAUGCCUACACUUGAAUUUUUUCUAAAACGUGAUGGAGGUCAUAACAUAUGUAAUUAUCGUAUAUAUGAUAAAUAUAUUAUGAACGAACAAAAUUUUAUGGUUAUUAAGGCAUUAUAUGAUUUUUCGAAAGAUUACAAUACCCUUGAAUCAUAUUUCAGUACACCUAAUAAAUCCUGUAGUGAUAAGUUUAGAAUAUACCUUGGUAAAUGUGUCGUAAUAUAUAACGCAUCAAAAAACAGGUAUAAUGAUUCGCAUGGCAAGGAUAAGAUUGGUAUGGUCUUUGUUGAUUAUUUUAAAGAGAGAAGAGAAAUGAAAUUAAAUAAAUUGACAUGCAAUUCAGAAGAAAACAUACCUGGUUUAGCAACACGAGAACAAGAUCAUGGAUACCAGGAAUAUAUAUAUGAACCUGAAGAUUUGCAAGAAAUAGAUCUAGCAUUAAUUGUGCACGAUGAGGAACAUGUGGUACAUGAGCAGGAACAAUCACAUCCAGUAGAAACAGAGGACGAAGUAAUCAUAGUAAAACAAGAAAGAACGAUGCAACCAGAUGAAGAGAGUCAUAAUUUUCCAGAUGAAAAUCCUUUCACACACACAAUUUCUACAGGAUCAUAUGAAGAGAUUAGUAAUUCAGAAUUGAAAAAUUUUUCUGAAAUUCCAAAUAACUAUUCAGCUUUUGCAUCACACAAAGCUAUGACCAUUGCUCCUUUAAUUAUAGGAAUCACAGUUUUCUCUAUUUUACUGUGCAAGUUAUACAAAUAUUAUACUAGAAAAAUAUUGUACAUAUGCCACAUUUUCAUUAGAUCACUCCAGUUGGAUAUUUGUUAA